UCAAGACAUACUGGAAAAUUUAUUUUCCUAUUUGAGAAUGAUGGUGGAGGAAACGAUCAUCCGUCACCUGUAGAAUUAAAAAAUUGAUUAAAGUGGUACAUACUAGGAAAACAUUCCGGAUAUUCUAUUUCACCAGGCGAAAAUACUGCGGGAGAUAACAGUUCCACAAUUCUUAGUAGUAUGAAAGAUACGAGUAAUGAUGAAGUAUAUGAACCAUCAUGUUCACUUGGUAUAUCAGUAAAUGAUGAAGUGAGGCAGAAAUCACAAGUCUUUGAUGACAAUGAAGGAAAAGAAGAAGAAGAAAUGCUUAUGAAAAUGUCUGAAGAAGAGGAAAUAGAAAAUGAAAUUGAAGAAAUAUUAAUGGGAAAAGAUAAUGAUAUAGAACAGAGAGAGGCAGAAAACAGUGAAGGAUAUCAUGCCAUACGCGAUUUUGGAACAAGGCAAUUGAAUUAUCUCCACUCUAAAAAGAGAAGUUUGAACCACUAAAACAAUUAAUACAU